CAAAGCCCAAAUCAACUGGAUUGCGAGGCCGAGCGCGCGUACAGCAUUCUAUCCGCGUUUACCGAGGCUCCACAGCGCGCUUAUUACCGUCAGGAACGAAAUCUGCACCGCUCACGACGGGUGCGUUCAAAAACAGCACGCUCUCAAAAGCAGCUGAGAUUUGAUCUCCGCGCGCGCGGCACAGCAAGCGAUAUACGCACGCGACGCCAGCCAACGCGCAUCAAUCUACACGAGCACGCCAGCCGACGCGCGCAUCAAUCAAGACAAUGUCAGCCGUCCCCUUCGCCGGCGUCGGCAAGCCCUUCCAGAAGCACGCCGAGCGCCACGCCGCCGGCACGCCGCGGGAAUCGAUAGACGAGUUUGACGGGCGGGCCGUGCUCGCGCUGCCGCGGGAGGGCGCGUCCAAGGACGGCGAGCGGCCCUGGUUCUCGGGCCAGGUCGUCGCGACGGACGGGUCGCGGCGCCAGUUCCAGGUCCUCGCGACCCCCCUACCGCCCUGCGAGGACGGCUGCAAGUGUUCGGGGGGCGACGGCCUGCAUAGAUAUAGGUUGGCCCUCAAGGACGCGACGCGGCGGUUGUGUGCGGUGGUCAUCUGCGACGCGUCGGGCGGCGACUUCCUGCGGUUGAGACCUGUGUGGACAUCAAAUUUUACGGCGCGUUCGCCUGCCCGAUGGCGUGGCGAUGUCGGUUCCUCACCGCUCGACGGACACCCGACGCACUGGUUGAUUUCCACACAGGUUGACGCCGGCGGACCCUUCGUUAGCAUCGUUCGAGCCGGAGACGCUCCUCGAAGACGACCGCGCGCGGGCCGCGCUAGAUACGUUCUUCCCGCGCCUCGCGGCGGAGGCCGACGCCGGUUUUGAUUGUUGCGUCGUCGUCGGUCGGUUUCAAUGCAAGCAGUUGCUCCUCUUCGGGGCGACGCGGAAGCGCGGGGCCGCCGAUGCUAUGCCGGGCGCCACGCCGCCGCCCAAGAAGCCGGCGGUCGCACCGGCUCCGACGACGCCGCCGCCGGGGCCCUAGGAGGGGUGCCAGCUCCGAGGCGCCCUGGGAGUGGCGUCGCGUCGUCGCUGUGUCUGUGAUCUGUGUGUGUGCCUAACUACCCCCUUCGACGCCGCCGACGCGCCAACUCAUAGACAAAC